AUGGCCACAAAAUCUCAAAAGCCGUUGUUCCUUCGAUCCCACCAAGUCUCCGAGACGCCACCAAGCUCCUUUGCCGAGUCGGCUCGAGGCAACACCACCUGGCAUACUCUGCUGUCUGCGCCAGCUACCGCAACCGACUCGCUCAGUGGUGGCAUUGCAGUGUGUCCUUCGAACGGCUCACUUGCCCUCCAUCGGCACGAGCAAGCUGAAAUCUACUAUGUCCUCGCCGGAGCUGGAGAAGUAGAGAUUGAUGGGAAGAGACGGAAGGUUUCUGAGGGCAUGAUGAUCUGGAUCCCGGGCAAUGCCGAGCACGGGGUCUUUUGUGGUGAGGAAAGGCUGAAAUGGCUGUACAUUUUCCCCGAAGGCAGCUUUGAAGACGUCGUCUAUCGUUUUCGUGAAGAUUCUUCACACGCUCAGGAUACCGCGAAGGCGAAACUCUAG